AAAAACAUCCUAGGUCCCACAUAUUUUGUCUUAUUCCCCUACCAACUAACUUAAUUUAUAUUACUAUUAUUGCAAAACCUCUUGUUCCUUUCUUUAUCUCAGCAUGUCCUCAUCUUUGAGAUCUCCAUCAAAGAAGCUGCUUCUCUCUUUCCACAUAACUCUCAUCAGCCACACAUAAAUACAUAUCUUAACACUCACUAAACAUUAGACUAGCCCCCACUGGCAAGAUAUUUACUUUUGUUUCAGCUUCUUACCCUGAGGCAAAGAGAGCGUUUUCAGGAUGGAACUAAGGCCUAGAAUGCUCAAAGACUGCCUCUUGGAAGAUUCAAAUUCAUGUUCCUCAAAUGGGUUCAAAUCUUUUCCCAGACGGCCUCCGCUGGACACCUUCCCAAAGAAGAAACAAGCCAAUGCACUGCAGGCUGUGAUCAAUGCCGUUAAGAACCUCAGUUCCAACGCCAUUAAAUCCACUCCAUCAGGGCUUUUACCAAGAAGCCUUUCUCGACGGCUAUCAUCAAAGAAAAAAUCAGAAAACCAAGCAAGCAUCACCACCAUCGUUCGAGUCAAAGACAUCGUACGUUGGAGCUCCUCCAAGGAUCUGGUGCAUGAAGACAUAUCACGUUUCCAACCUCGUCAGUACACAGCCAAGACAACCACCGGAUCCUCCACCACCACCAGCGGCACAUCCUCCAGCAGCUGGUGCGACUCAGAUUUUACGUCAGAGUUUUUACCGUCAUCAUCAUGGGGAGGUAACGUUGAAAAAGAGGAAGGUGGUGAAAACUACAAGUUACAAUGUGUCGGCGAAGAUUCUUGCACAGCAGUAGUUACAGACGCCGACACUGUAGUGGGACCUGAGGACUUACAGUGUGAAGAGGACCAGAACAGUCCCGUCUCUGUUCUUGAGAUACAACUUGGGGAAGAUGACCAAGCAUCAGAGACUUCUUUCAGUCAAUGCCUUGAUAACGUGGAAAGAACCAAGCAGAAGCUCAUGCAAACGAUUCAACGGUUUGAGAAUUUGGCCAACAUUAGUCCUUUCAAUUUGGAGGAAUGGGACGAGGAAUCUUGCAAGGAAGAAAGUUGUGAUGCAGAGAUUGAAGAAGAUGAAGAUGACACUGAUGAGGUUGAAGAGAAGGCAGCUGAGCUAUGGGACCGAGUCAGAGAAAGACAUGCUAUUUGGAUCCACGAAGAACAUCUCAUAAUGGACUAUUUCAGAGAUGAACUGAUGAUGCAGAGAACAAACGAAACUCAUCAUCAACACUUUGAGGAGCAAUUGGUGGGAGAGGCAAAAGGAUGGUUAGAGGGAGAAAGAGUAUCAGAGCUUGAAUGCGGAACAGGUGAGCAGAGGAGACAGGCAUGUGCUAGAGAGAUUGAAAGACUGGAGUGGAAUGAGAAACGGAUGAAGGAGGAGCUUGAAGAGGUUGCUACGCAGAUUGAGGAUGGACUCUUCAGCCUGUUAGUGAAUGAAACUUUAAAUGCACUCUUCUGAGUAAUAACCUGAACAAAUCAACAAGCGUUAGCCUCCGACAUGCGUUGUCAACCUGAUUCUAAAGCACAACAAACCUGUGAAAGGAGAUAGAUGCAGCUCAACAACACUCAUUCAGGUAACUUGAAGUUCAAGCUUAGCUAGAAAUCAGCAGGCAGAAACAGUUUUGAUUAGGGCUUUGAGUUUAA